AAGCUUGCCAAACUUGUUGCAAUUAUCGUGUGAGCCAGCAGCACGCCAUGGCUUCGUCCACGAGCGGCCAUUGCCUGUUCCUCGCCGCCCUUCUCCUCCUCUCCUCCGCAGCCUACGGCCAGCAGCUCUCGACGUCGUUCUACGCCACGAGCUGCCCGUCGUUCGAGUCCACCGUGCGCUCCGUUGUGUCCAGUGCCAUCGGCUCCGACCCCCGCAUGGGCGCCUCCCUCCUCCGGCUCUUCUUUCAUGACUGCUUCGUUCAGGGCUGCGACGCCUCCAUUCUUCUCGACGACGUGGGGACCUUCGUCGGCGAGAAAACCGCCCUCCCGAACGCCAACUCCGUCCGCGGUUACGACGUCAUCAACAAUAUCAAGGCGGCCGUCGAGGCCAGCUGCCCCGGCAUCGUCUCCUGCGCCGACAUCGUCGCCCUCGCCGCCAGGGACGGCACCGUGCUGCUCGGUGGUCCAACCUGGAACGUGUCUCUCGGCCGGCGCGACUCGACGACGGCAAGCAAGGACGAAGCGAACCGCGACCUCCCCUCGCCGGCGGCCAACCUCAGCGCGCUCAUCACGGCGUUCGGCAACAAGGGUCUGAGCGCGCAGGACAUGACGGCCCUCUCCGGCGCGCACACCGUCGGCUUCACGCAGUGCCGGGUCUACCGCGGCCGCAUCUACAACGACACCAACAUCAACCAGCCGUUCGCCAAGCUGCGCCAGAGCAACUGCCCGGCGACGCCGGGCGUCAACGACACCGUCCUGGCGCCGCUCGACCUGCAGACGGAGCUCGCCUUCGACAACGCCUACUACGGGGAUCUGCUCAAGAGCAAAGGCCUGCUCCACUCCGACCAGGAGCUCUACAACGGCGGCUCGCAGGACACGCUGGUGAAGAAAUACAGCUCCAACAGUGCCGCCUUCUUCGCCGACUUCGUCACGGCGAUGAUCAAGAUGGGGAACAUCAACCCGCUCACCGGAACUAGCGGUCAGAUCAGGGCCAACUGUGCUGUGGUUAAUAACUAAUUAACAGCAGCAGAAUGUAUGCUACUGGUUGUCUCUGUAUGAGAGGCCACACGCACGCUACCUGUUCGUUCAAAAGCAAGUUGAUGUCUAUAAUUAAUAACAUUUGAAGAAUG